AUGUCAUUGAAGAUGCCGCUGGCGCCCAACGCGGGCCUUUUCAAGCAGGGGUACUCGGCAAUGAGCAAUGCUGAUGGUGCUAUCCUGCGAAACGCUCUGGCCGUUCGGGAAAUUUCGCUGAUGGUGGCGACACUGAUGGGACCACUGGGGAGAAAUAAGAUUAUUGUGAACAAGCAUGGCAAGAUCUUCGUCACCAACGACGCCGCCACCAUGUUGCAAGAGCUUGAAAUUGUCCACCCAGUGGUGAAGAUUUUGAUGCAAGCCCUGAAGCAACAAGAGUUUGAGAUGGGUGACAACACUAACUACGUCAUUGUGUUGGCGGGUGAAUUGUUGACCAUUGCCGAGAAGCUUGUCACUAUCGGAUUACUGGUCUCUGAAAUCAUUCAGGGCUACCAAAUUGCCGUCAAGCACGUCGUGGCGCUGUUGGAUUCGUUGGUUGUCGAUGAAGCCAAGCUGCUUACCGACGAUGCUGAGUUGGAAAAGGUUAUCAAACCAGUUAUUCUGGCGAAGCAAUACGCCAACGAGCCUCUUAUCACCAAGUUGGUGGUGGAAGCCGUUAAAUUCAUUCUCAACCCGCAAAAGCCUCAACUGUUCAACAUCGAUAACGUUCGCGUCGUCAAGAUCAUGGGCGCUUCUUUACGCCAGCUGGAAGUGGUUAAGGGUAUGGUAUUUCCCCGUGAACCUGAAGGUCUGGUGAAGAAUAUCACUGAACGGCUGAAGGUUGUGGUGUUUACCACGCCCAUCGACAUCACCACCACAGAAACUAAGGGUACGGUGCUUUUACACAACGCCCAAGAAAUGUUGGACUUUUCUGCUGGCGAAGAAGCCCAGAUGGACCAAAUGUGUAAGGAAAUCUACGACUCUGGGGUUAGGGUGGUCAUUGCCGGCUCUACUGUUGGAGACUUGGCGUUACACUACAUGAACAAGUACGGUCUUCUUGUCCUCAAGGUGCCCUCGAAGUUUGACGUGCGCCGGAUUUGCCAGGUUUGUGGUGCAACCCCGCUUCCCCGGUUGGGGGCUCCCACUCCUGAUGAAAUGGGGGUUAUCGACGUCAUCGAAACUAAGGAAAUUGGUGGUGAUCGCGUUACCAUUGUUCGUCAAAAUGAACUGGUGCUGCGGACCCUGACUAUCGUCAUUCGUGGGGCCACUCAGAAUAACUUGGACGACGUUGAACGCGCGAUUGAUGAUGGUGUGAAUGCCAUCAAAGGCCUUUUGAAAGAUGCUCGUUUGUUGGCUGGGGCUGGGGCUGUUGAAGCUGAUCUUGUCAAUUUGGUGACCAAGAAGGGCGAGACUACCGCCGGGGUAAUGCAAUUGGCCAUUAAGCACUUUGCCAAGGCGUUUGAAGUUAUCCCCAGAGUCUUGUCGGAAACCGCUGGUGCUGAUGCUGCGGAAUUUUUGUCUAAGUUGUACGCUGCCCACUCCGAAGAUACCGAAGAUGCGAAGUGUGCUGGUAUUGACAUAGACAACGAUGAGGUUGGCGACAUCCGUCAAUUGGGAAUUUACGACUUGCUCGCCACCAAAAAGCUCGCAAUUGAGUUGGCAGUCGAGGCCACUUGCACUAUUUUGCUGAUUGACCAAAUAAUCAUGGCGAAGAGAGCUGGUGGUCCGGUUAUGCCCCAGCAGCCGCGGCCAGGAAACUGGGACCAAGAUGAUUAG